AUGCGCAGAUACAUUUCAACUCGUACUCUGUUUCACACACGCGCUGCUCAGCAGCAGCAUGACCACUUUCAGCACAACCAACACGCACAAAUACUGACGACAUGUGUUCGUCGCAAAUCAUCCUCAGUCGUUGUGAACGCGAGCGUGGCAUCUUCUUCCUCCUCCUCGAGGGAAGACGAAGAGGAAACGUACAAGAAGAUGCUCAAAAGAAACGACCCUUUCGCGCUUCCGGAUUUUGUCCAAAAGUGUAACGACAACAACGCAAAAAUAAACGUUCGAGAGGUCGUGAAAUUACUACGAGAGAGCUCUAUUAAACAUCCAAGAGAUUUACUUCGCGUAAACGGAGAAGAUUUACUUGAAACUAUCGGAGUUGAUAAGAAAGAUUUAGCGAGGGCGUUGAGAGAGAAAUUGGGAAUCUGGACCGAGGAGGAAGAGAAAGAAGUGCAAAGAGAAGAGAGGAAGAAGGCGAGAGAGGAAAGGAAAAUGGAGAGAGAAAAAGAGUACAGAGAAGAAAAGGAGAAGUUAGCCGCGGCGACUGAAAGAGAAGAAAUGAUCCUGGAAAAGAAAAGAAUGAAACAAGCGGAACGGCAACGACGAAAAGAAGAGGAAGGAAAGGAAGAAGAAGCGGUAAAAUUGAAGGUGCACAUAUUGGAGGAAAACGAAGAGAACGAAAACAGCAGCACAUCAUCUUCUUCAUCAUCACCACUACAAUCACCGGUUAAAAAAAGAACACUAAAACGAAUGAAACGGAGAAUACGCACGGGAGUUCUGUGCGACGGCGUGCGAGUGACGCAAAGAAACUCGCAGCUGGAAAAUUAUCGUCUGAGCUUUUCCGAUCUCCCAAACUCGUUACAAAAAGAACUCUCGAAAAUGAAAACGUUCCUCACUCGACGACGACUUGGGCCUCAGGAAGCACCAAUUGCAAACGUCACGGCGAACAAAUACGAAGAGCACAUACGAGGUAUCUGCGGUUGGCUCGUGAAAGAGAAAGAAUACAAAGUCGAAGAUUUGAAAUCGCUCUCGAUGCUUUUCCCGAGCAUGAAAGCAAGCGCCGCGGAUGUGACGUUCGAUUACUUACAAUAUCUCACCGUAGAAAGAGGCAUCUCGGCAAACUACGAAUUGCUCAUCACGAGAAGUUGCAUAGCUGCUGCAAAGUUUAUGUACGGCGCUAAAUCGAAAUUUCAACCCGGUGAAGAUGCUUUGCCUUAUCAAGAUAUUCCUCUCAUCAAAGAGUUGCGAAGACUCGCCAAAGAUGCCAAAAGCAGAGCGUCCAAAUCUCCUCUCAUGUCGAACGAGAAAUUGAAAUGGCUCGAUUGGGGGGACUACCUCCAAGUAUGCGAUAUAUUAAAAGAUGAAAUGGCCCUGAAUUACGUCACGAGUCACAAAAGAUCGCAAAGUGCUAUCGCAUGGAGCAUGCAAAGAUAUUUGAUUUUUGCCAUUUUGUCGUGUGUUCCCGAUCGUCAGCGCACUUUGAGAGAGUUGCGCAUAGGAAAGACUUUAAUUCGAGAAGAGAAAGAAGACGAGAAAGAAGCGAGAUGGAUUAUUAAACACGGGCCAAAUGACUACAAAACAGGGAAAGACUACGGCGUUCGUCCACCGUUGGUGAUUGCUCCGGAUUUGUACCCGCACUUGGAAAAUUUUGUGAACAACUAUAGGGAGCAUUUAAAGCCGCAGCACGAUUUUUUGUUUUCGAGAAAGAAUGGGCAACCGUUCAACGAUGCUGGAAUUUAUAGGCUGUUUACAUCCACGUCCAUGAGACUGACGGGAAAACGAACCAAUCCGCACUUGGUUCGUGAUAUGAUUGUCACGCAUUUGAGAAGAACAAACGCCAGCGAAAAAGAACUGGAGGCGCUGGCGAUUUACAUGGGUCACUCUUUAGCUAUGCAAAAAGGAUCGUACGAUCGUCGAACGAUAUCUGAAAAGGUUGAACCGGCAGUUUCGCUCCUUUCUAGCUUAAACGCGAGCUUUCGCUCGUCUUAA